CUGCUGUGGCAGAGUAGUACAGUCGAUGCUGCAGCUGAGCAGGAAGACGGUGUAUUAAAGCUUCGGUGCAUUAGGAAAUGUUCAGCUUCUCGUUUCCUGUUUAAAUGACGCUGUGAGAUUCGGCCGGUGGUGUUCUGUUGCAUGGCUGGAUUUAAAAAAUCCUCUUAAUAGCCGACUCUUCUCUCAUGUACUAUCCCAGCUUCAUUCAAUGCCUAACACUGCAGGAAGUCCAGCCACAGAUCUUUCAGGCAGCGGUGACAAGGCUGCUGUGGAGAAGCCGCGGAGCAGAGAUGGGGGGGAACACGCCUUGUUCAAUUCUUUGAGCCGAGGUGCUUCGGCUGAAUCUGGAGGAUCAAACAGCGAAGGGCAGCGUCCACGGGCCUGCCUAGUGACACACUCCCGGGAACAGUUUUACACAGUGUGUUCAGACUACGCCUUGGUGAACCAGGCUGCGUGUCUCUAUCACUCCUCUAAACACUCAGCCCCUGCAGCCCCGCUCGUACAGUCGCACGCUGAGGGCCAGGAUCACAGCAGCUCCAGUAUCACUUGUGAGGGGGACUCUGCUAUGGAAGCCGUGUCUGCCAGUCACACAAAGCCUGUGCUAGCGUGGGAGAUCGACACCACAGACUUUGAUACUGUUCUAAUAAGAAUGAAAAGCUGGACAGGCAACUUGAAGACUGGCUGCAGGAAGAUAAAGGCAUCUGAUAAGCACUGUCGAAACUUACAAGAGUUUCCCCAGCAGGCAACACUGGAAGAAAUAAAACAGAGAAAAGUACUGGAUCAAAGAAGAUGGUAUUGCAUCAGUCGUCCCCAGUACAAGACUUCCUGUGGAAUUUCCUCUCUGGUGUCGUGUUGGAAUUUCUUGUACAGCACACUUGGGGCAGGGAGUCUCCCACCAAUCACCCAAGAGGAGGCGUUGCUUAUUUUGGGCUUCCAGCCACCCUUUGAAGAGAUCAAGUUCGGUCCCUUCACUGGAAAUGCAACACUAAUGCGGUGGUUCAGACAAAUCAAUGAUAACUUUCGUGUUCGAGGAUGUUCAUAUAUUUUAUACAAACCGCAUGGGAAAAACAGGACCGCUGGGGAAACGGCUGAAGGAGCUUUAUUGAAAUUAACUCGAGGACUACAAGACGAUUCGAUGGCUUAUAUCUACCACUGUCAGAAUCACUACUUCUGUCCAGUGGGAUUUGAAGCAACCCCAUUGAAAGCUGCUAAAGCAUACAGGGGUCCUCUCCCACAUAAGGAAGUGGAGCACUGGAUACUUAUUGGAGAGCCAAGUAGGAAACAUCCAGCUAUACACUGCAAAAAGUGGGCGGACAUAGUGACAGAUCUCAAUACACAGAAUCCAGAAUAUCUCGACAUUCGUCACACAGACAGGGGUUUACAAUACCGAAAAACAAAGAAGGUGGGGGGUAACCUGCACUGUCUCCUAGCAUUCCAAAGAGUAAACUGGCAAAGACUGGGCCCCUGGGCGUCACACUUUGAAAACCUUGGGCAUGAAGUUCAUGAGCAGGUCUCGGCUCGCAGCGGGGCAGGCAUCUCUGACAGCAUGGAAGACGACAGUCCCGUCAAACACCGCGGAUGCUUGGGAAGGACUCUUAGUGGAGGCUUUCAAAAAGAAUGGAAGAGAUUAUCUAACACCUCCGAAUAUAUCAGCAUUUGGUUGAACCAGGCUUUGAAAGGCGCGAGAGACCGGGACGGGAACUCUGUUCACAAUGCUCACCUCCUGACCCUGUUCAAUCGGCUGUGCAAGCUGCUGUUUUUUAGAAUACGACCCGUAUUUGUGUUUGACGGCGAUGCCCCCCUGCUCAAGAAGCAGACGCUGGCAAGUAGAAGGCAGAGGAAGGUAGAAGCAGUUAAAGAGUCAAAAGAAACAUCAGAGAAGCUACUGAAAACGUUCCUGAAGAGACAAGCCAUCAAAGCUGCUUUGGGAGACCGGAGUCAAGAGACUUUGCCCAGCAUUUCAAAUGUCCGAAGGGAAGAAGUGGACGAUAUGUAUGUUUUGCCUUCCUUGCAAGAUAAAGAACUAAACAGUUCUGAAGAGGAAGCUGAGCAAGAAUGGGAAGAGACAGCGACUAACAGGAGAAUAUUUCAGGAAGAAUUUUUUGAGAAUCCCAACGCUAUGGACAUCGACUCUGAAGAAUUUGCCACUUUACCUGCAGAAGUGAAGCAUGAGAUCCUUAAUGAGAUGAAGGAGUUUAGCAAGAGACGAAGAACAAUGUUUGAAGCGCCGCCAGAGAAAUCCCUCGAGUUUUCACAGUACCAGCUGAGCGGAUUGCUGAAGAGGAACAAUCUAAACCAGCGCAUCCAGAGUGUGCAGGCAGAGCUGAAUCAGCAGAGCUCAGGGCUGCUGCCAGUGGAGUUCAGCAUGGAGGGAGGAGCUGACAGCAGCAUGGAGACACGGAGGCUGCUCUCAGAGGACACUUCGCAUUACAUACUCAUUACAGGGAAAAAGAAAACUAAAAAAGCUUUGGAGGAGAAAGAAACAAUUCAGCCCUCGGCUAGCAAAUCCAAAGGAGCCAUCGUUUGUGUGGAACCUCCUCUCUGGCACCCAGCGCCAAAUGAAGAGCCUCCCUCCCCUGGCACACUCUGGGCAAUCAGAGAGGCAGUGCAGGAGGAGGAGAGCGCCCAUACUGGUGCUGCCCCGCCGUCUCCCAGAACUGUGCAGGCCAUUCAGGCAGCCAUGGAGAGUAGCUCUGAAGAUGUGGAAGAUGUUGACAGUGAAAUGGCCUGGAGACAGGAGGCUGUGCUUGGUAGAGGAGAGCUCUGGAGACAGGAGGCUGUGCUUGGUAGAGGAGAGCUCUGGAGACAGGAGGCUGUGCUUGGCUCAGGAGGACUGUUGACACAGGAGGCUGCGCUUGGCUCAGGAGGACUCUUGAGACAGGAGGCUGUGCUUGGCUCAGGUGAUACAAGUGAAGGACGGCUCUUGACACAGGGGGCUGUGCUUGGCUCAGGAGAGCUCUUGACACAGGGCGCUGUGCUUGGCUCAGGAGGACUGUCACCAAGGACUCUGUGUGCCAACCAGGUGGCUCUUAAAUACGACAGGAAGGAAAAACCAGUGAAGCAAUCUGAAAACAACCAGCAGGGUGUCAGAAAAACAAUUCUCAUCAGCAGCUCCGAUGACGAGGACAUCAUGGACGUAACCUGUGAAAGAAACCAAGCUUCCCGAGCUACCGUAGCUGUGCAGAGCACGCUGCUGGAGGACAAGUCUCUUGAAGUGGUUCACAUGGAGGACAGCAGUUCAAGAUCUGAAAAAGCAAGUGGGAAUCUAGAAGGCGAUUAUGACCAUUCCCACGCAGCUAAACUGGAAUUGGGCAAAAGGGUGUCCGACAAGCUGCUUGGAAAUGAAAAUGGUUCAGAAAUCACUUUGCUUCCUCACUUAGCAGUUUCAAAUAGGAAGGGAGCUGAUUCACCAGCCUGCACCCUUUCUUCAGAGGCUGGAGAGACAUCAGUUUAUUCUUCUAAAGAGGAAAGUUCUAAAGACACAAAACAAAAUGUGAUUUUGGAAGAUUUCUCUGCAAUAGGUACAGAAAUGCUGCAGAGGGGAAGUGAAGAGAGUGAUUCAGAAGAGAGCUUUAUUGAGGUGUCUGAUGUGGAGGAGGUGGACCCCCCAGAAGAAUGGUUUGGUGCUCCACACCCCACUUCUACAACCGAGCACAUUCUCAACCCUGCAGCCAGACAAGAGUGUGCUGAAGAGAAGGCUGUGAACGAGUGGGCAGAUAGGAGCUUGGAAGAACUGGAAGUGCUGGAGAACAACCUUUAUGUACAACAGAAGUGCCUUCAGGCUGAGAAACAGCAGCAGGAACGUAUUGCUGCUACUGUCACUGGCCAGAUGCAGCUGGAGAGCCAGGAGCUGCUGCGUCUCUUUGGCAUUCCUUUCAUUGUAGCCCCCAUGGAGGCUGAAGCACAGUGUGCCAUCCUGGACCUCACUGACCAGACUAGUGGGACCAUAACUGAUGACAGUGACAUCUGGCUGUUUGGGGCAAGACACGUCUACAAAAACUUCUUCAGCCAGAACAAAUAUGUGGAGUCCUACCAGUACAGUGAUCUUCAAAACCAGCUAGGUUUAGACCGAAGUAAACUCAUCAAUUUGGCCUAUUUGCUGGGUAGUGAUUACACAGAGGGCAUUCCUGGGGUGGGGUAUGUGACUGGAAUGGAGAUUUUAAAUGAAUUCCCAGGACCAGGAAUGGAUCCUCUCAUUAAGUUCUGUGACUGGUGGACAGACGCUCAGAAGAAUAAGAAGAUGAGGCCGAACCCCAACGACAGCAAAGUGAAGCGGAAGCUGCGGAACUUACAGCUGCAGCCCGGCUUUCCCAGCCCUGCUGUAUCAGAGGCCUACCUGAAGCCAGUGGUGGACGACUCCCAGGACGGCUUCUUCUGGGGUCGACCCAAUCUGGAGGAGAUAAAAGAAUUCUGUGGUUGUCGCUUUGGCUGGAAUGGAAGAAAAACAGAUGAACUUCUCUUGCCUGUAAUGAAGCAGCUGAAUGCCCAACAGACCCAGCUGCGGAUUGAUUCCUUCUUUAGACUGGAGCAGCAUGAGAGGCAGGCCAUGAAGAGCCAGCGCCUGCGCAGAGCUGUGUCCUGCAUGAAGAGAAAGCAGCGAGAGGAGGAGGAGGAUGAGACUCCUGUCCUGGAGGAGGGGAGCCAGGCCCUGGGGAAAGGGAAGAAAGCAGCAGUGGCCACAGAGUCACCCAGAUCCCAGUCACAGAACAAGGACAGAAAGCAGCCAGAGAUCCCCUUGAGUGGAGGAGGCUUUCUGGACUUUUCGGAAGCAGUCCAGCAGGGGGUGUCUUUAGAGGAAGAGGUCUCUGUGAGGGAGACAAAGGCAAUGAAACCGGGACUGCCCACAUCCCAGACCAGAGCAGCUCAGAAAUGGGAGCCUCUCCCUGUCACCCCUAAAGAAUGGAGGAACGGUAGCAGCUCCAGUGAGGAGAGUGAUGGGGGCAACGAGGGGGCGAUGGUCACUGCCAAAUCCGUGUUUGAAAACCAAAAGGGCAAAACUAACAAAAGCACGAGAGCGAGAAAGAGAAGAAGAGUUUGAUCAUGUCUAACCAUGACAAAGUGAAGCCAAGGAUCUGAUAGACCUGGAGACUGAACUGUCAUUGAGGAUUUCCCAGCAGGGCAGGCUGUGUGGGGAAGCUCACAUGAGCAGUGCUUGAGAUCACCUUGUUUUAAGUUCACGAGCAAUGCUUGAAAUCACCCUGUUCGAAGUUCAUGAGCAAUGUUUGAGGUCACCCUGUUUGCAGUUCACAUGAGCAGUGUUUGAGGUCACCCUGUUUGAAGCUGACAUGAGCAGUGCUUGAUCACCCUGUUCUUUAGAUAAACACACACCCCCUCUCUCCUCACCCCACCCCACCCACAGUAAACACACACCCCCUCUCACCUCACCCCAUCCUGCCCCCGUAAACACACACAUACAGCAGCAGUAGAUAUGGCUGAACUAAGGCAACACUGGAGUGUCUUCUUCACACAGGAUCCAAUCAGCACAGUGGAAUUUACAGCCAUGCUGCUGCUUAAAUAAUACAAUGAUCUGCUAAGAAAAAGCAGCUCUCUGGAAUCCUGCCUCCAGUGUUACUGUAUUAGACCCUUAAUAAUAAUAAUAAUAAUAAUAAUUUUAUAAAGUACCUUUCAUGACAAAUCAUCACAAAGCGCUGUACAU